AUGGCGGAAGAAAAAGAUGACUAUUCUGGGGAGGAAGAGGAAGAGCUGCGUGCCAAGAACCAGGUGGCUAUAAAAGUGAAGAUGAAUGGGAGCGAGAGUGAUUCCAACCUCGUCCUGGUCUCCAUGUCGAUCACCUUUGGCAAGCUACUGAACCGGUUCGCCAAGGCGCGAGGAGUAGAUCCUGCCGCUUUCAGACUGUUCAUGGACGGGAACGACCUGCAGCCCGAUGGAACGCCCAAGAUGAUGGAGAUGAAGGCGGGUAGAUCAUAUGAGGUUGACUGUAUGGCGAGACAGGAAGGGGGACGGUAG